GUUGACGUUUAGGUAGAAAAUCGUAAAAAGGAGAAAUCGAUUUUUGAGGUUGAGGUCGACGGCAUUAACCUCAAAUCCAUGAAACGUCACCGUAUAUAAACAACUUCAUUAUUUUAUUAGUCAUACAAUUGAAUCAUACGUUGACAUAUCGGCUUUUUAUCGAGUAGUAUUGAACGCCCGUGGAUAUUCAAGUACCGAACUGCCCGUUCAGCGAUUAUACGCGAGUUUAAAGAAACGCCCUGAAACAGGAGCAUCAUGAGCGUGACCGGAUUUCAAGAUAUCACCGGCGGCCCCUUGGCGGCGUAUCUCAAAUUAUCCCAGAAGAUCGGAGGAGAUGUAGCAGAGCACGCAAAGUUGGUCCAAGACGCGUUUAAGGCUCAGUUGGAUUACCUCAAAUUGGCCAGUGAAUCGGCCCAACCCCCACAGAGCGAAAUCGUCAACCUGCUGAGGCCUACCAGCGACAAGAUAACUGCAAUUCAAAAUUAUCGGGAGAAACAUCGAUCGUCGCCGUUCUUCAAUCACUUAUCUGCUAUCAGCGAAAGUAUUUCAGCUUUGGGUUGGGUCACAAUAACUCCAACACCAGGUCCCUAUGUUAAGGAAAUGAAUGAUGCUGGGCAAUUUUAUACGAAUAGGGUAUUGAAGGAAUGGAAAGAAAAAGAUAAGGUGCAUGUAGACUGGGUGAAGGCAUGGAUUCAAACAUUGAGCGAAUUACAGGCGUAUAUCAAACAACACCAUACUACUGGAUUGGUUUGGUCAGGAAAAGGUGUAGCAAAAGGGUCGAUUCCACCGCCGCCCCCCGGAUGCCCUCCACCCCCACCCCCGGUAAUCGACUUCAACAUCGGCGGGGCAGGUGACGGCGCCGUUGACCGAUCCGCGCUAUUCGCGGAGAUCAACAAGGGUCAGGAUAUCACCAAGGGCCUUAAGAAGGUCACGGACGAUAUGCAGACUCACAAGAAUCCUACUUUGAGACAAGGCCCUGCUCCUUUCAAAGCCGCCACUGUAAAGGCAACCUCCAUCGUGAAGCCUACCAAGGUCGAGAAGCCUGCCAGUUUCACCAAAGACGGGAAAAAAUGGAUGAUCGAGUACCAGAAAGAAAACCACAACCUCGUUGUGGACAACGCCGAAAUGAACAAUGUAGUUUACAUGUACAAAUGUGAAAAUUCCACGAUAACUGUCAAAGGCAAACUUAAUUCUGUCACUUUGGACUCGUGUAAAAAGACUUCCAUUGUGUUCGAUUCUCUUGUUUCUUCUAUCGAAUUCAUCAAUUGCCAAUCCGUGCAAAUGCAGGUGCUCGGUAAAGUACCGACGGUUUCCAUCGAUAAAACUGAUGGUUGCCAAAUCUAUUUGAAUAACGAUUCGUUGGAUGUCGAGAUCAUCAGUUCAAAGUCUUCUGAAAUGAAUGUGAUGAUCCCUAAAGGUGAUGGAGAUUAUACGGAAAUCCCCAUUGCCGAGCAAUUCAAGACCAGAGUUACUCCUAACAAGACACUAACCACUGAGAUAGUGGAAAACAAAGGUUAGGCAGAACUGCUUAGUCAUUUACAAUUUUUUAAGUGUAUUUAAUAAAAAAAUCACGUAUUAUCAGCAUUUAUUCUUUUAUUUGUAGACGUAAUUUUAUACGCAUUUUAUAGGAAAUUCUAGGUCGUAUGUACUUCCAAGAUUUGUAAUGAAAUUAGAUAAAAAAAUCGAUUUCACUCUUCUAGGUGCAUUUGUAAAAUAAUUCCAUCUAUGUAUGAGCUUGCAAACUUAUUGCUGCUAUAUAAACGGUUUUGGUUGUGGUUUUAUCGUCGUAUCAGAAUUACUAUAUGUAUUUGUGUAUUUAAGCAAUAACGUUUUUAAAGAAUAUUAUUUACUGUGCUGUAUUCCAUUUGACUGCUUUUAUUAAAAUCGCAAAAGUAGCAGUCGUAUUAUUUUCAUACUCCAUGCCUCGUAAUACAAACAAACCCCGUUUCUACAAAAAUAC